AUGUCUGGCCGCUCACCCGGGCGCGGCACCACAUACGUCAUGAUAAGCGCCCAGGUCAGUGAAUCCUGCUUUGCACGCGCCGACAGCAUAGCAUGGCGUGUAUGUGUGCCAAAGGCGCGUCUGCGCCGCACUGGCCUUGGGUGCCAAUUCUUUUGUUCAAGUGCAAUUGUUGUUCCUGAAAGACGUUGGAAUUUUGACAAGCGCUUUGUCGAUGCGAUUCCCGUCUCAGGCGCGAGGCUUUCGCAUGCUGGCGCGUGA